UUUGAGCCUAUUUUAACAAAGUACAGAUUUUCAAAUGUACUGUAGCGAAGUAAAAAGUAAAAAAUCUUGAUGUCGUGAUUCGGGAGUAUUCGAUGAUUCGGAACACAGCGUUUCAAAUCAUUCGCUCAUUCCCGAGACGAUUAAUCGCGCACGACCUCCGCGUUCCUCUCCGCGUCAGCCACGACGAGUACCAGAAGUGUGCCGACUGGCUGACGUCUCAGACCAAACACCGCCCCCGAGUGGCCAUCAUCUGCGGUUCGGGUUUGGGCAUGCUGGCCGACGCCCUCAAGUGCCAGGAUUCCUUCCCUUACGCCGACAUCCCGGGUUUCCCGCAGAGCACAGUUCAAGGUCACGCCGGCCGACUGGUUUUCGGGGAGCUGAAGGGGAAAACGUGCGUGUGCAUGCAGGGCCGAUUCCACAUGUAUGAAGGAUACUCGCUAUGCAAGACCGCGUUUCCGGUGCGAGUCUUCAAGCUGCUGGGCGUGCAGACCUUGAUCGUGACCAACGCCGCCGGCUCAGUGGCUGACGGCCUGCGCCCCGGCGACAUCAUGGUCAUCAAGGACCACGUCAACUUCCCCGGCCUGGUGGGUCUGAACCCUCUGAGCGGACCCAACGACGACAAGUUCGGCCCGCGAUUCCCGGCCAUGUCGGGAUGCUACGACAAAGGAUUGCGCUCCCUGGCCGUGGAGAUCGCAAAGCAGAUGGGCGUGGCCGACGUGAUGCGGGAGGGGGUGUACGCCAUGGUGGGGGGACCCACUUUUGAGACCAUCGCUGAGGCCAGACUGCUGCAUCGACUGGGCGUGGACGCUGUCGGCAUGAGUACUGCCCCUGAGGUCGUCAUAGCAACCCACUGCGGUUUGAGGGUCUUUGGCCUCUCUCUCAUCACCAAUAAGGUGGUGAAGAGUCACGAGGACCCGGACAGCGUGGACCACGACGGCGUUCUGGAGGUGGGCCGCCAGCGCUCUCGCACGCUGCAGCAACUCGUAACCGAACUGGUUGCCAGGAUGGAAAUCAACAACAACAUCAGCAGCAGCAGGAAUAAUACUCUCUGAGAGGAGGUGCCUGUUCCUCUCUCUUUUUUUUUUUUUUUUUUUUUUUUGGGGGGUACAGUUGUGAUAUUUUACAGCUAACUUCUUUUUAUCAUCAACCUCAAAGUAUUUAUAGGAUGUAAUGUAGUGCUAUAUACGUUGUAAGAGUUAAGUAAAAGUGUGUUGUUAUCCAGCCAUCCAUUUUGUAUUAUUGUGCUCAACCUAAAUAUCUGGAUGAUUGUUUGAUCUUUUU